AUGUCUCAUUAUUCUAAGCCUCUCCCCGAAGCCUUCUGGCCAACUAUCAAGCAGGCUAUAGACAAGGGCAGCAACACCAAUUCUGACAACCAGGCCAUCACACCUCAAUGCCCCAUCUGUAUGGAGCCACUCCCAGUGAAAUCAUUCCCUACCGAAGGUGAGUUGGAUGCUGAGGUCUUGCUCUGCGGUCAUGUUCUCUGCCAGCCAUGCCGUGAAACAUGGGAGCAGAGUCAGUUGGGAGCCCGGUGCCCUGCGUGCCGAGCCACUCUCAUCUGCAGUCGCUGUGAAGUAAACGCGAUCCCCCUCACUAUCCCCAAGAACGGCGAAGGAUCUAGUCUUCCUCCGGCUAUUCCUGAGGGCACUCAAAAGUUUUGUCCUGACUGUCAAGCUGAGGUUGAGUUUCACGAGGCCGUUGAGAACGGUGAGUGGCCCAAUAACCUUGAUGACAUGGAGCCUGGGUUUGUCAGCUUUUUCUACCAUGUUGUUAAUGACAUUGAGAAGGAUGGCGGUGUUGCUACGGAGGGCAGGGUUCAAGAGGCGAUUUCCGAUACCAUCAUGCAGGAGUUUUCAAACAUGAUGGAGAGUCGUCGCAUGGUUACGCUUGGCCGGGGGAAUACACUGCGACAGGCGAAUCCAUGGUACGCUGAGAACAGCAGACGUCAGGAAAACCGUCGUGUGGGGGUUAUCGGCUUUGAUUCGGACGAUGACCCGGAGCCUCGUGCAAACACUCCUGCUGGUGUCCCUCAUCUGGUUCGGGAUCCUUUUGUGCUCAGGGUGGGUGAUAGUAUUGAAGUCCGGUUUAAUCCACUGGAUCCUCGCUAUGCCAAUCAGUUUGACGUCCAGGAUGGCAUUGCACCUGCAAAUGCAGCAGCACCGCGACCCGACAAUGUAAGCCCCAUCGUCCGAGCAAUUUGGGGACCAGAGAUAGGAGGAGAAAGAAGGGCUCAAGACGAUGACAGGCAGCCACCAGAUGCUGACGAACUUAGACACUGGGCUGAGUUUCUAGCACUGGAGGGCAAUUCUUCUCCAGCCACAGCCGAAGCGGCCAGACCAGCUGCAGGGUCUAUGGCAGAUCAGUCUCGUUCCACAGCUCCCAGAGCAGCAUCACAGACAACAGCGAGACCAACUCGAAACCAUCCAGAGGGAUCGGCGGCUGCAAUUCUUGAGCAAUUCAGGCCCUUGAAUGACCUCUUAGAACGGCGUUUUACUAGACCAGCUGAUAUGCCUACCUUUGACGAGCUUGUUGAUAAUGCGGAUGCGUAUACGGCUGCCCACCUUAAUGAUGAUGCAUGGCCCCCCCGAACAUAUGCGGAGUAUGUGGCAGCGGACAACGAUUAUCUGAGAAGGAUUGUGGAGAAUAGAACGGCUGCAUCGUCGUCCAGUGCCUCACAGAACUUGAGCUCUAUGGAUCAGGACGACAGCGCCGAGAUGUCGUCAAACGAUCAGCCCGUCUCUGAGCGCUGA